AUGUCGACUAAACUCAUCCUAUGGAGUUUUUUAGCUCUCACUCUUGGCUGCAUUGCUUUAGCCUACGAACCUUCUCCUCUCCAAGAUUUUUGUGUAGCUGAUCCAGCUAACUCAGUGAAACUAAAUGGCGUUGCUUGCAAGAACCCGAUGCAAGUUAAAGCAGAGGAUUUCUUCUUCAGCGGGCUACACCUCAUGGGUAACACAUCAAAUGCUGUGGGAUCAAGGGUGACCCCAGUCUUUGCGACUCAACUACCUGGGCUAAACACUUUGGGCAUCUCAAUGGUUCGGAUUGAUUAUGCACCAUGGGGAAUUAAUCCUCCUCACACUCACCCACGAGCCACUGAAAUCCUUACUGUUCUCGAAGGGAGCCUAGAAGUCGGAUUUGUAACUUCUAACCCGGAUAACCGUUUUAUUACAAAGGUACUGCAAAAGGGUGAUGUUUUCGUGUUCCCAGUGGGACUCGUUCAUUUCCAACGCAACAUGGGUAAGGGUAAUGCAGUUGCUAUUGCUGCCCUGAGCAGUCAAAACCCAGGUGCCAUAACAAUUGCCAAUGCUGUUUUUGGGUCAAACCCUCCCAUUCCAGCGGAUAUUCUAGCCAAGGCAUUCCAGGUCGAUAAGAGUGUGGUGGACAUGCUGCAAACAAAGUUCUAG